AUACAAUGUUCUUUGGUGAAGGGCCCUAAUUGUCAUCGCCAGCCUUAACCGUCACUUCGCCCAAAGGUCUUUUUUCUAGGGUUUCCUCCGUUCCAAUCCUCAGUCCUAACUCCAAAGCUUUGUCGAGAGGGUAGCUCGAAGCAGCGAUCUCCUUUCCUCGACGCAUUCACGUGUUUGGGUUGCUCGAAGGCCUCCGGGUUAUGCAUUUGUUGAAUUUGAUGACCGGAGAGAUGCAUUAGAUGCUAUUCGUGGAUUAGAUGGGAAGAAUGGUUGGCGUGUGGAGCUUUCUCAUAACUCCAAGGGUGGUGGUGGUGGUGGUGGUGGUCGAGGUGGACGGCGAGGUGGAGGUGAUGACAUGAAGUGUUAUGAGUGUGGUGAGCCUGGUCAUUUUGCUCGAGAGUGUCGGUUGCGUGUUGGUCCUGGAGGAUUAGGAAGUGGAAGGCGUCGAAGCCCCAGUCCCCGAUACCGCAGAAGCCCAAGUUAUGGGCGCAGGAGCUACAGUCCACGUGGAAGAAGGUCCCCUCGACUUCGCAGUUAUUCUCCUCGACGUGGCCGGAGCUACAGCCGAUCACCACCAUAUCGCAAAGACUCUCCGUAUGCUAAUGGGGAUCGUCGUCGCAGCCGGAGCUGACUGCAUUAUGCUUACUUGGAAAUCAACAACUUUGUCUCCAUUAGUUGUAGUCCUGCAACAUCUUUCGGCUUGUUAGACCAUUGAAGUAUGUCUUUUGAUUAGUAGUUGGCUUCUGCAAACUGUUUUAAGUGCACAGUGGAGCUCUUGACUCCUCAGGACACUCUCAGCUUGCUGUCAUGUUGAGAGGUUACUUUUCUACUUAAGCACUUCUAGAAUUCUAUUUGUGGCAGGCUUGAAUUGACUUACAGCUUAUGCUUUAGAAUUUAUAUCUGUGAUCUUACAAAGACCUGUACCUUUGUGUUUGUUUUGAGGUGCGGUUCUGCUAAAAGCUGAAACGACACCCUCUUCGGCUCUUCUGCUCCUUAACUGACACGGGUUUUCUGCACUGCGCAUCUCACCAUCUAUUCUUCGCCUACUUGUGCUUUAUCCCUGCUUGAUUCACCUGCCAAUCAAAGAAAGGCACUGAAGCUCCUAUGGAACUGUUUAGGUUCUCGCCUCAGCCUGCAACAAAACCUUCUCAUUUCAUGUUUAGGUUUAGAGUCCCAAAUUGUCUGCUUCAAGAAGAGGAUGCUUCUGCGAGCUCAUCAGUCAUGCCUGUUGGCCCCUGUGGUUUUCCACUGCACCGUAAUCUUACCCAUGCAUCUUCUGGAUCGUCUCUGUUUAUUUUGCUUCCAUGGUCAAUUUAGAAUGAAUUUAAAAAAAAGAAGGUGAGUCAUAAUUGAGAUUCAGUUUUCUGAAUCAUGGAGAUGAUUAAAUUGGCUUAAAAGGGUAAUCGCAAAGUCCAGAUUUGAUAAUAUUGCUUGCAAACCUGCAUGAAUUUGUACAAGGAUCUUUGCUGGUGUUCAUGAUUGGUAACUUACCCAGGUUUGUGUUUGUCAAGUGGCGAUACUGAAGAUUGUUAGUAGCGAUAUUAAAAAUUAAAAUUCUGUUUGUU